UGACUCAAAGUCCAUGGGCUGCUGCUAUCUUCUCUUCUGCAACAGACAGACACCACCCUUUCUCUACGUGUGGCUCUCCCGCUCUGUCUCCUCCACUUCUUUCAAGAUUCUGCGUCUUACCCUCCUCCUUCCCUUCCUUUUAAAAUAAAACUACACACCCGUUUUCACCCUCACUGACAUUUUAUCAUAUAAGAGUAGAAGAUUUUGAGCUUGCCUCUCAACAGCUUCAUGUAUUAUAGGUGCCCAUUUGAGCUAAUUGGUUUUGCUUUUAGCUGAAUGACCUCUCAUCAAUGCCUUUACUAGAUAUUGCUACUGCUCAGGCUUCCUUGCAAAAUCAUCUGGGCCUACUAAGGGUUCAAACCAAUGCUCAUUGCAAAGUUUUUUCAAGUCCAUUUGCCUUUGGUGAUGAUAAGAGGCUGUUAUCAUUAGGGAAAUCCAUCAAAUUCCGGAGAAAGAUAAAUGUUUUUGAGAGGAGUAAACUUCAGAUAAAAGCUGUUGCUACCGUUGAACCGAAGUCUUUGGUUCGCAAGGGAGAUGGAAAAAGGAAAACAAGUCUUGAAAAUGAACAACUUGCUGCCAAUUCGGAUACCUUGCCUGCUCAAGUUGAGUCUUCAGGCGAAGACUCGAUGGCAUUAGAUGACAAAGAAAACUUGAGACGGAAAAGGAUUUCUAAUGCAAAUAAAGGGAACACGCCAUGGAACAAAGGCAGGAAACAUAGUCCUGAAACCCUUCAGAAGAUUAGAGAAAGGACAAGGCUUGCAAUGCAGGAUCCUAAGAUCAAGAUGAAGCUAGCCAACCUUGGACACGCGCAGAGCAAAGAGACAAGGGAGAAAAUCGGGCAUGGAGUUAGGUUGGGGUGGCAAAAACGCCGUGAGAAGCAGAUGGUGCAGGAAGGUUGUUAUUUUGAAUGGCAGAAUUUAAUUGCAGAGGCUUCAAGAAGAGGCUAUACUGGUGAGGAAGAGCUGCAGUGGGAUUCCUACAAUAUCUUAAGGCAACAGCUUGAGGUUGAAUGGGUGGAGAGCGUUCAACAAAGGAAAACAUUGCCUAGGCCAAAAGGUAGCAAAAGAGCACCAAAAUCCCUUGAACAAAGAAGAAAAAUAUCAGAAGCCAUAGCUGCGAAAUGGGCUGAUCCUGAAUACCGCGAGAGAGUUUACUCUGGCCUUAGUAAAUAUCAUGGCACGCUAGCUGGAGCUGCAAGAAAGCCAAGGCGGAUGCCAAGUGGUAGUUCACAGUCUGCUAGACGGGACUCCUCAAAGAGAAGAACCAGUGAUACAGAAAAGGGGUAUACUAGAAGCCCAAUCCAGCAGUUGAGGCGAAGAAGUAGGACACCAUCAUAUAAGGAUCCUUUGGCAAGUUCGAAGUUGGAGAUGAUAAAGAACAUCAGAGCACAAAGAAUUGCCACAGAAACCAAGAAAAAUGAAGCCAUUGAACGAGCAAGGUCUUUAAUUGUGGAAGCUGAGAAGGCUGCUAACGCUCUUGAAGCUGCUGCAAUGAAGAGCCCCAUUGCCCGAGCCUCCCUAACUGAAGCCAGAAAGCUUAUUUCUGAAGCAAUUCAAUCAAUUGAAUCCCUGGAUCAAGGGAAUGGUGUAUCCAGUGAUAGCAUAUCUAAUGUGAAUGACAGAUACCCAUCUCUUGCACUAACUGAACUGGUUAGUGAGGAUGAGAAGGAAAUAAAUGCAGGCAAUGGAAGCAUGGAUCAAGUAGAGUUGAGACAAGUAAAUGGGACCAUGAUCAUGGAAACAAGUAAAGAUGAAGACCUCAAUUUCAGUAAUUUAGCCUUCCAUGAUUUACUGAAUGGUCAGGGGGAACUUCUCCCUUUAAGCUCCAGUGCAUAUAGUUUGCCUUCCUCAACCAUAGACCAUUCGAGUUCAGGAAAGCAACCUGACCAAGCGGAACCAAACGGGAGUCUCACGUCUGAAAAGAUUAAUCUACCAAAUGGAUCUAGAGUUCAGUAUGUGGAAGAGGAGACACCUUCCAAAUCAGUCGCUACUAAGAAAUGGGUUCAUGGAAGGCUUGUUGAAGGGACGGAAGGAGGUUGAGACAGUCCAUAGAAUUUCUCAAAUAUGAUACAUUUAUGUCCCUUCUCAUCUUCCCCUAUUCUUCAGCUCCUUAAUCGUCGGGAGAGGUCAACAAUCCUGCUCAACACAAAUUGGCUUCCGCAGUUUAACCGAGGGUCAUGCGUUAAUGAUUCUAUCAUCCAUCAUAUUUUGUUUAUAGCUAGCAUGUACUAUUUAGAGAUGCAAACGAUUUUUGAUUCACACUGCGCACUUGAAACAUUCUUGGUCUCUCUGUAACUGUUCCAUGUGAGAUUCAAGGUUAGAUCUUGUACUAAUAUUAAUAUAUAUGCAGAGGCGGACCAAAUUGUAUCCAA